CUUAAUUUUCUCCUCAUCUUUCAUCUUUCUCCCUGCUUAUUCCAGGAACGCCAACGCGAACAAGCAAUUAAGGAGCAAUUAGAAGCGCGCAAACGCGAGCAGGCCGAAGACAAGGCUGUACGCGAGCAAAUCCUCCGUCAGAUUGAAUUGGAUCGUCGUGAACGCGCACAGCGGCUGUCAUCGGAGCCAGUUGCUGCCCCGAAGGUUACCCCUCCACGGUCUUCUACCUCAUACACUGCUGACAAAACUAAGGUUCGUCUCCAACUCAGACUGCCCGAUGGAGACUUCAUCUCUUGUGUCUUCCCCUCUAAAGCCACACUUGCCGAGGAGGUACGUCAACACAUCUCCGCUCGCAUCGAAUCUCAUGGAGAUAACCAUGACAACAGCAAUACUGAUGAGGGUGAUCAGCCCCUGAGCCCGUCGACACUCGCUGCGUUUCAGCGGGUCCUCCAUGCAGGGUACACUUUCAAGCAGUUCCGACCCGCGAGGCCCUUUUCAGCGGAGGAUGAAACUAAGACUCUUGAGGAGCUGGAUCUCUGGCCUUCAGCUGUCUUGCUUCUUGUUUCUCGUUCAAACGCCGGCCAUAACUCGGUCUCUCCUUAUGCCCAGGGCUCAGUGAUUGGCUACACACAGGAUGCUUUGUCUACACUGUUAACGUAUGUCGGCUUGGGACUUCGCACUGGUGUUGACUUUGCCGUCUCCGUGGGCAACAGUGUCUAUGUGGUCUGUCAAAGUCUCUUCACGUCCGUUUUCGGGGGUGCUCGUGGGCAAACAACAGGCAGAUCGUCUUCUCCUCCCCCCACCAACUCCGAUGGGCAAUCAUCGUCACCAAGACCUCAUGAGACCGAAACUACGGCUUUCAGGCGCCAGGGAAAUAUAAGUCGCCUCUCUCACAUGCCCGAUGACACUGACGAACAAGCCCGCUGGAAUGGCAACUCUACCACCCAGAUGUAA